AUGUAUCACCUCUUCAAGUCGAUAUAUCUUCACGCGACAAGCAAGGAAGAGUACUCGGUUCUCCUCCUUGGCCUUGACAACGCCGGCAAGACAACGCUUCUUGAGCAGAUAAAAGGCACCUAUACGCCCUCCCACCCCAACCUCAAGACAGUUCCUACGGUCGGACAGAACGUUGCUACCAUCGCCCUUCCUCCUCCAAAUCCACCAAUAUACCUCAAGAUCUGGGAUGUUGGCGGCCAACAUAGCUUGCGCGGGCUCUGGCAAUCGUACUACAGCAGCUGUCACGCUAUCGUCUUUGUCAUAGACAGCAGCGAUGUAGGCAACGCUACUCUCGCCGACUUGAGCGCGAACAAUUCAGCAAGCAUAGAGGACAUUGGGCGGCUGGAUGAGUGCAAGAUAGUUCUAGAGAGCGUCUUAGCCAACGAAGAUACCAGCGGCGUCCCCAUACUGAUACUCGCGAACAAGCAAGAUCGCGAAGAUUGCGUCGAAGUGGUGCGAAUCAAAGAAGGCUUUGUAAGGAGAGUGUUCGAAGGAGAAAAGGGUGGGAAUGUAAGAGACAAUAACUGGUCGAAAUGGCUAUUCACGAGGAAGAUCUCCGCAGACAGGAAUAGUCUGUGGGAAUACGUCGAUCCAGAUCUUUCGCCAGAGAGGCUGAAGAAACUAGAAGACGAGAGACCAAAAGAGUUGGAAGUGAGGAGGUUUAGAACUCCUCUUCCAGAUGAGCAGAUCGAUAUCCCAGACUUGACAGCGACUGAGCUCGCGACGUACAACUCCUGGGCUAGACGAUUCGACCGAGAUGAGGCCAGGUGGCUCACGAAGGAGAAGGCUCUCCGCAACCUGAGUCUAGAGAUCGUACAGACGAUCGACGUCAAACACCUAGACCUGAUCCUUGAUUGUGCCGAUCCAUACAGCCAGCUAAGGACGCUAAAGAAGCACCUCUGUCCAUCAAUUGGAGAAAGGAACUAUCAGCUUAGAGCUCGUUACAGGACGGCCUGCACGAGGCCGAAGAGGGCUAAUCUGGACACCUGGUUUGAUGAGUGGGUUACAGUCACCCGACUCCUCACUGAAGCCAACAUGCCGGAGAUCGCCGGCAACAGAGCUCAAGAAGAGUUUAUCCUGUCAAUCCGUGGCCUAGAUGAUAGCUGGGCAGCCAGUCAGCUGCAAGAACUAGUUAAGAAAGAGCAGAAGGGCGAAGAUUUCACGCCGACCUCAGAUUUAAUUGCAGAGUUUCGGACAAAGGGCUGGAAGGCUGACGCAUCGGUCCAAGAGAAAUUUACGGAACUCCGGAACAGCCAGUCUGCAACAGCCAACGCUCUAAGGGCAGUAGAGAAGAAGAUCAAGAAGCAGAAGAAAACAGCUGAGUCCAAGAACGCGUCUGUGAUCAAUAUGGACGAUGGACAACCAGCUGGUGAUACACCUCAUGUUAACGCAGUACUGCAGACAGCAGCAGCGACAGAGUUGUCAGCACCACCACUGCUUACAAGGUGGAUCCUGGACCCUGGUUCGAACUGCCACGUCACGAAUACAAGAGGAGCUGACUGGACCACAACGAAGAGAGGUGGACCUUCAGACUGUGUAUACGCUGGUGGUGUGCUAGCUCAAGUCGAAGAGUGGGGUGAGACGUACAUACACAUCAAGACUCCGACUGGAGAAGGACAGAUGAAGCUGACGUGGGUGGCAUACAUCCCUGGCUUCUUCACGAGCGUCGUUGGUCUGUCACGGAGCCGAUCUCUCGGUAUCCACUUUGACUCAGGCAGGGACUGUCUGUACCAGAAGAAGGCCUCAAACGUCGUCUGUCUACUCCAGUACAGAGACGGCCACUGGCUCGUCGAUGUAGAGAAAGAUCAGAAAGCCGAGCCAGAUCUACUCUCGGUAUAUGCUACUCGAUAUACUAAGCCCUCAAAAGAACUAAGAAAGGACCUUAGCGUUACUCAGGAGACAGCGCACCAGAUCUUCGGCCAUAUCGGCCGAAAAGCAGUAGGGCACUUGAACAAUCACGUGCUUAGGAUCAAUGUCGAAGAACAAUUAAUCGCUCCAACGUGGAAAGACUACCGACAGACUCUAAAAGAGGUGGUGACAAUUCUGGACGUUCCAGAACCACCUGAGGAGACUGACUAUGAGAUCCAGCUGCUCCUACAGACAGCACGGGAGGGUCAGAUAUCAGUCCAGCAUCAUAAGCGAGCAGAUCUAUCCAAGCAUACUUCUGGAGAAUUGCCAACGCCUGAGAACACUCCUGAACCGACAUUUUGGCAAGAUGCGCUAGACCUGGAUCCGGAGCCCGAAAUUGAGCCGGAAAGUAAUCCGGACGCUAUUGACUUGCCUAGAGGCUGGGAGCCAAUACCAAGCGACGCAGAAGCGCCAGAUCGACGGUUGAAUAAUGCUCCAAGGCGUGAGGAGAUCAGCAGUCAGCUUAGCUCGUCAAAUGUGCUGACUGGGAAGCGACAAAGAAAGACGCUGGGCACAUACUUUGUUGCAUUUGCUGCAGCAUUGCAGCCAGCAGAACUGCAGAAAUCGCGGAUGCAUAGAGAUCAGCUUCCGCCUCCGCCGAAGAGAUGGAGAGACCUAGAGAAGCAUCCUUUUGGAAAGGAAUUCAAAGCAGCAGCAGGGGAAGAGUUCAAGAGCUGUCAAGAGAAGGGUUGCUUCAGGACUACGUCGGUCACAGAGGCUGACAGCCAUGGGCACAGCCAGAUACUACCCCUGAUAUCAGAAGUCAGGGGGGAGAUACCCAGCAGUUCCGCUCGUAGAGAACUCUCUGGCUCAGUCCGAAGAGGAGACGGAUCACCAGCGUACGCAGCUGUAUCAGCAGUUGGUCGGAUCGCUGGCGUACAUCUCGACAUUUACGAGGCCUGA